AUGGAUCUUUCAAGCAAUAACUUAUCUGGAGAAAUCCCUGAAGGACUCACAGGUCUUUUGGGAUUGCGUAUCUUGAACUUAUCUGGAAACCAUUUGACUGGAAAGAUCCCAGGCAACAUUGGGGAAAUUCCAUCGGGAAAUCAGCUCCAAACACUGCAAGAUCCUUCUAUUUAUAUGGGUAACAAUGGUCUCUGUGGACCUCCUCUUACAAAUAAGUGUGUUAGUGAUGAGACAUCUCGAGCUCCAAUGUCUACUGGUAAUGUUGUAGAAAAAGACGAAGAGGACAAUAAAAUUCUUUGGUUUUACCUUGCCAUGGGACUAGGAUUUGUUGCUGGGUUUUGGGCCUUCUGCUAUGUCCUAAUGUUCAAUAACUCUUGGAGGAUUGCAUAUUACAGCUUCUUUGAUCAUAUGAAAGAAAGGCUUUUUUGUAAUUGUUGCUUUACAGGACGUUGGAUUGAAGAAGUUUGA